AUGAAGUUGAACCGCAUGGCUUUGCCGGACCCCCGGCCUAUGGCCAUCUUCAACAUCUCCAUAAAGAGAGAUGACGACAGGUCUCAGAAGGUCUGCAGUCGUCUGCAGAAGACGCUCGACGCCUGGGUCUCGGGUGAUGAUGCCUCCUCGGACAAUACACACGCUGUCCCGGACGAUGACGACGACGACGACGACGACGACGGAUUUUUCACUGCGGGAACCUCCGCGGUAAUCUGGGACGGCAACGCGACAUUGGAAGUCGCAUCGACCAGUAACUGUCACCGCGCUUCUGACCCUGACCGGGACUACUUCUUCAUCUUUUCCCUCCGAUGCUCUUCAACCGCCCCCCAUGUCUUCCCGGACAGGGAGCAAGCGACAGUUGAGGAGCAGACGGCAACUGAGGAUAAAUUACUCACUGUCCUCAUGUUUUCAUACUUUGCCACGAUCCUUCGCUCUAUCCUCCUGGUUCACAUCUACCCUUCCGUUACCCUCCCGGCCGAGGAGCAAGAGCCGGCCGAAGAGCAGGAGCCGGCUGAGGAGCAGCAAGCCGGGGAGGAACCGUGA